ACUAGUGUUAAUUUGACUACUUUGAAAAGAAGAUAAAGAUCUGUGUAUGAGAACAGCCUUUCAAAUCAAAGUUAUUUCGCAUUUUACGCCAUUUUUGAAGGAAACAUCACCUGAACCGAACCGCCUUCCAUGCAUAUGUACUAGAAGUCUAGAACAGUACUAUUUCUCGUUUGUUGUGUGUCACACGUCGGACUGUUGAGCCAUGGAUUACAAGAAUCUGGAUACAAAGUCUCUCAACCAGUUGCUGAUUAAUAGCAUUGGCGAACUCCAACAGCAAGGUUUGGUUGAUGACUAUUUUCGGCAUUGUCAUUCUUUGAAGGAGGAAAACGGUCCGUUCUUUUUUGUGGAACUUAUACCUGUAUUUUUAGCCGAUGCUCGUAAAGUUGUGAAUGAAAUGGCAAAAGCUAUAGAUCAAUCGCUUGUGGACUACAAUCAAAUGUAUGUGCAUUGUAUCAAGCUCAAAGGAAGUGCUGCAUGCAUUGGAGCUUGUCGCUUGAGAAAUGCAUGCACUUAUAUGAGCCAGGCUAUUGAUGAUAAAUCCAGAGAUCGGUGUUGCCUGGCAUUGAAUGAUAUUAAGCAAGAGUACAAAUAUCUGCAAAAUCCAUUAGAAAGCAUUGUCAAGCUGGAGCAGGAAAUUGUUUCUAGGGAAGCUUCAAAAUCUUGAUAAGCAAGCAUUUAUGCUUUCUCAUUGUGUGGACAGAGAUUUCGAGUAUAAACGCAGAUAUAGUUUCUUCUGGCCAAGUACUUAGUAUAUGUAGAUCCUUGUUUUCCCCAAUUGUGAAGUUUGUAAUUGCUUGGUAAUCGGGCCUUAUUGUAUAGAUUUUUUGAUCUGGAAUUGAUGGGUUUUUCUUUGAUUUGGUAUGUUUGAACUAUAUUUUAAGUUCGUGACGAGUCAUUUGUGGACCCCGUA